CACACGCGAGAACAUGUCGGCGGAGUAAGAGCGGAGGUUCUGCACGCAAACGGCUUCCACAUGAGGGAUGUGAAGAUGUGGGCCUUGAUGGGAGCCGUGUGCCUGUGCCACUGUGUAGUCGGACAGCUGCUGAAAGGAGCGCCUCGUCUCCUCUGCAGUGUGCCGGGGGCGCCGGGACCACCCGGCAAGCCCGGUCCGGCCGGGACCCCGGGAGCGGACGGGAACCCGGGCGUCCCGGGGCGAGAUGGCAGAGAUGGCAGGACGGGGGUGAAGGGAGAAAAGGGGGACCCAGGUUUAAAGGGCCGGGUAGGCCCCACGGGUAAGAUCGGCCAGCGGGGCGAACGAGGACCUACGGGUAAGCGAGGUCCUGCGGGGGAGGAUGGAGACGGAGGCCCGCUGGGCCCUCUCGGCCGCGACGGCGAAAAAGGACAAAAAGGCCAACGUGGCAUUCGAGGGGAGCCUGGGGAAUGCAAAUGCGCGAGCCUCACCCCCAAAUCGGCUUUCUCCGUGGGCGCCACCAACAGCUACCCGGUGGAGAAGACCCCGAUAAAGUUCGACAAGGUCCUCCUCAAUGAAGGCGGCCAUUACAACCCCCGGACGGGCAAGUUCAUCUGCGCCUACCCUGGCAUUUAUUACUUCUCUUACGACAUCACGCUGGCCAACAAACACUUGGCCAUCGCGCUGAUGCACAACGGACAACACCGCAUCAAAACCUUCGACGCCAACACGGGCAACCACGACGUGGCCUCCGGGUCCACGGUGAUGUUCCUCAAACCUGAAGACGCCGUGUGGUUGGAGAUUUUUUACCACGACCAGAACGGAUUAUUCGCAGACUCGGGCUGGGCCGACAGCUUGUUCUCCGGUUUCUUGCUUUACGCCGACACCGACUACUUUGACACACUGGAUGCAAACAACGAAUAA